CUCGGCCGCGCCGGUGGAGCCGCCGGGCUCCCCCGCUCCUCUUCACAUGGGGCUCGCCCUGCCGGCGGGACGGCGCUCCUGCUCUCCCGCCGACCGCUGACAGGGACCCGGCGCGGCAGAAGGGGGCUGGUCGCUGCCGCCGGCGGGCAGGGCCCAGGUUAGGAUCUCUGUGAGGCUGCGCUGUGUCCUGACGCGUUAGGACCCAUCUUUGGUAGCUCAGUCCAGCACAGAUCCUGGGAAGCAUGGACACGCCAGCAGAGGAGUGGCACGGCUCUGGCACCAGCGGUACAUUUGGCACUGGACAAGGAAUGAAGAAAAUGAGCAACAUCUAUGAAUCAGCAGCCAACACCCUGGGAAUUUUUAACAGCCCAUGCCUGACUAAAGUGGAGUUGCGGGUUGCAUGCAAAGGCAUCUCAGACCGGGAUGCCCUCUCAAAACCAGAUCCUUGUGUCAUCCUUAAAAUGCAGUCCCAUGGCCAGUGGUUUGAGGUUGACAGGACAGAAGUGAUCCGAACCUGUAUAAAUCCUGUCUUCUCCAAGCUGUUCACGGUGGAUUUCUACUUUGAAGAGGUGCAGCGGCUGCGGUUUGAGGUCCAUGACAUCAGCAGCAAUCACAAUGGGCUGAAGGAGGCAGAUUUCCUCGGUGGCAUGGAGUGCACUCUCGGACAGAUUGUUUCUCAGAGGAAGCUCUCCAAGUCCUUACUCAAACAUGGCAACACAGCAGGAAAGUCAUCUAUAACAGUGAUUGCUGAGGAGCUGUCUGGCAACGAUGACUACGUUGAACUUUCAUUCAGUGCACGGAAAUUGGAUGACAAGGAUUUUUUCAGCAAAUCUGAUCCUUUUCUGGAGAUUUUUCGGGUGAAUGAUGAUGCAACCCAACAACUUGUUCACAGGACUGAGGUUGUGAUGAAUAACUUAAAUCCAGCAUGGAAGACUUUUAAAGUGUCUGUAAAUUCUCUGUGCAGUGGAGACCAGGAUCGCAGGCUAAAGUGCAUAGUUUGGGACUGGGAUUCCAAUGGAAAGCAUGACUUCAUUGGAGAAUUUAGCUCGACUUUCAAGGAAAUGCGAGGAGCUAUGGAGGGAAGACAGGUACAAUGGGAAUGCAUUAACCCCAAGUACAAAGCAAAGAAGAAGAACUACAAGAACUCAGGCAUUGUCAUCCUUAACCAGUGCAAGAUACACAAGAUGCAUUCUUUCUUAGAUUACAUCAUGGGAGGCUGCCAAAUACAGUUUACAGUAGCUAUAGAUUUCACUGCAUCCAAUGGUGACCCGAGGAACAGCUGCUCCCUGCACUACAUCCACCCCUAUCAGCCCAACGAGUACCUGAAAGCUUUGGUAGCUGUUGGGGAGAUCUGCCAAGACUAUGACAGUGACAAAAUGUUCCCAGCCUUUGGAUUUGGAGCAAGAAUACCCCCAGAAUAUAAAGUCUCUCAUGACUUUGCAAUCAAUUUCAAUGAAGACAACCCAGAAUGUGCAGGAAUACAGGGUGUUGUGGAAGCUUAUCAGAGCUGCCUUCCUAAGCUGCAGCUGUAUGGACCAACAAACAUUGCUCCUAUCAUCCAGAAAGUGGCAAAAUCUGCAUCAGAGGAGACCAACACCAAGGAGGCUUCGCAAUAUUUCAUCCUGCUGAUCCUGACGGACGGCGUCAUCACGGACAUGGCGGACACCAGGGAGGCCAUCGUGCACGCCUCCCACCUGCCCAUGUCCGUCAUCAUCGUGGGCGUGGGCAACGCCGACUUCAGCGACAUGCAGAUGCUGGACGGCGACGACGGCAUCCUCAGGUCUCCCAAGGGCGAGCCCGUGCUGCGGGACAUCGUCCAGUUCGUGCCCUUCAGGAACUUCAAGCACCUUUAUGUAAGCCAUGGAUGCACUCAGGAAGGAAAACUCACCUAAUGCUGUUGGUUUGGUGACACCAUGCCAAAUAGCUACAGAUUGACUGCACAUUUCUGUGCUGACAGGGGCACACAGCCACCUACCUGCUGAAGCAAAGUAUGAGCACAACCACCUCAUAGCUUGUGAUUCCUUCAGCACAUAAUCACAAGUGCAUAGUGCUGCACUGUAGUCAUUGGAAAAGUGUCCAGAGCUGAGUUAUUUAUGGGCUAGUGGGAGAGCUACUUUUAAUUAGGUGAAAACAUGUUUCUGCAAGGAACUGGCAAAGCCAGCUACAUUUGUUAUUUUUGGUUUCACUUUGUAUUUCAUAAUAAAGCUAAAAUCAUCCUGGAUUUAAUAGAUUAACGCUGACAGCUGCAGUUCUGGGCUCUAAAUAUAUUGUGCCCCUGGUGUUAACUUGUGAUUGAAUCUGUGGCAUUGUUAUUGCCAGCACUGGUCAAAUGACAAGCAUAUAUUCUUUUUAGCUGAUUUAGAUUAACUUCCUCAGUACUGGGAGAGGAAAGCAAUCUUUAUGUAUUCUUCUUGUUAAAUAGUGAUAUUUUUCUCCCUCUUUCAGUAGCAAAGAUAACAUAGAGCAAAUACAAAUCUAUCUCUAUACCUAUCAGAAAAGUUAAUAAAUCUUAUGCAACCUGA